GGGAGGUUUCCGAACAGCCAGAGCGUGCAGCUUGCGGAUCCUUUCGCUCUGUUUCCUGCUCUCAGGUUUCGCACCAGUUGUGCCCCCAUGCGCUCCGGCGCGAUGUGGAGGAGCAGCCUCUGCCUGCGGGAUGGGUGGCGCCGUCUCCUGAACCGACCCUCCGGUGGUCCCACGGCCUCCGUGGGGAAGGGGGCAAACAUCCCGUUCCCAUUCCGGGCCUACGCUCCCCCGGCGGAAAGGAAGAGAUUCUAUCAGAAUGUCACCAUCACACAGGGUGAAGGCGGCUUUGAGAUAAACCUGGACCACAGGAAGCUGAAAACUCCCCAAGCCAAGCUCUUUACUGUCCCCAGUGAGGCCCUGGCCAUCGCAGUGGCCACUGAGUGGGACUCCCAGCAGGACACCAUCAAGUUCUACACCAUGCAUCUGACCACAUUGUGCAACACGUCUUUAGACAACCCAACGCAACGAAACAAGGACCAGCUGAUCCGGGCAGCUGUGAAGUUUCUGGACACCGAUACCAUCUGCUACAGGGUGGAAGAGCCAGAGACAUUAGUGGAACUUCAAAAGAACGAGUGGGACCCAAUCCUAGAAUGGGCUGAGAAAAGGUAUGGCGUGGAGAUUGGCUCUUCCACCAGCAUAAUGGGGCCCAGCAUCCCAGCCAGGACUCGGGAGGUGCUCGUCAGCCACCUGGCAUCUUACAACAUGUGGGCCCUACAAGGGAUUGAGUUCGUGGUGACCCAACUCAAGUCCGUGAUGCUGACCUUGGGCCUGAUGGACCUGCGCCUGACAGUGGAGCAGGCCGUGCUGCUGUCACGCCUGGAGGAGGAGUACCAGAUCCAGAAGUGGGGCCACGUGGAAUGGGCCCAUGACUAUGAGUUGCGGGAGCUCCGGGCACGCACGGCCGCAGGCACCCUCUUUGUCCACCUCUGCUCCGAGAGCACCACGGUCAAGCACAAGCUCCUGCAGGAGUGAGGCCGGCGGUGCGCAUGGCACGCCGGGGACAGAGGCUGCGGAGCCCCGGCUCCCAGGCCUGCGGACACACGGCCUGGCCUCCACACGGUGUCGAC